AUGGGCACGGCGCUGUCGGGCGGCCGGUGGGUCAGCGGCGGCGCGCGCGGCGACGUGAACGCCUGGGUGACGCCGGCUGAGCUGGCAGAGGGUGGCUGCUCCCUGCUGGCGGCCAUCGUGGAAGACCUCACGCAGCAGCUGAGGAGCCAAUUCGCCGCCCAAGGCUAUGACGUAAGCGGGCGCGCGAGCUUCCAGCUGGCAUGCUAUCCGGGAGGAGGCGCGCGAUACGUGCGCCACGCGGACGCCUCUGGCAGCAGCCCAGGGCGCUGCAUUACGGCCCUCCUCUACCUGAACCCCUCCGACUGGAACCCCCAGGCUGACGGCGGCCAGCUGGCGCUGUACAAUUACUCAUCCAUGGACGGCCCCCAAGGGCUCGGGUUCCUAUCCGGCGAGCCGGCAGUUGUCAUCGCCCCGCUCGGCGGACGGCUGGUGGUGUUCGAAUCCCACCUGGAGCACGAGGUUUUGCCAGCUCACCGGGAGCGGUACUCGGUGACGGCCUGGCUGUACCGCGGUGACGCGAGCGCGGGCGGCGGUGCCGGGCGGAGUGUUGGCGAGGACCCCGGCGGCAGCGGCUAUAGCGAAGAUGGCGGAGCAGACGCGGCCGGCUGCGGGGGCGCCGCACAGGAUGGGGUGGCCUGGCAAUCGGCCCAGCGACCCUCGACGGCGGCGCCGCCACCACCGGCGGCAGUGAGGCAGGAGGGACUGGGCGCGGAGGAGGUGUGGCGGGGGCGCAUCUUUGUGUCGAUCCCUGCCUACCGCGAUGCAGAGUGCGCCUGGACCCUCAAGGACCUUUUCUUGAAGGCAGACCACCCAGACCGCGUAUUCGCGGGCGUCGCAUGGCAGUGCCGCUUCGCCCUGCUCGACGCGCGCCGCGCCGCGGGGCCCUGCGCGGCGCGCGCGGCGGCGGAGGCGCUGUGGCGGGGGGAGGAGUUCGUGCUACAGAUCGACGCGCACAUGCGGUUUGUGAGGGGCUGGGACGUGAAAUGCAUACAGCAGCUGCAGCGGGCAGAGGUGGCGUCUGCGGCCGGGCGAGCCGUCCUGAGCGCAUAUCCCCCGGGCUACGAGGGCGCCGGCGCGGCGGCGGCGGUCCCGGAGGACGCGCCUGCGACGGUCGUGGAGGCUUCCGGGUUCGAUGCGGAAGGCAUGCUGCGACUGAGGGGCAGCUUCUCCCGCGCCUCCCUCCUGCGCGACGCCCCCUACUGCCCGCUGCUGCGCCACCUGUUCUUCGGGGAGGAGGCCUACCAGCUGGCGCGCCUGUGGACGCGCGGAUAUGACGUGUUCGCGCCGGCCGCACCGCUGGCAUUUCACCAAUGGGAGCGCGGCGCGCGGGCGGCGUCAUACCAAGGGGAUGGACGGGUGGUGGCGGCGGAGCGCGCCGAGGCCCAGGCGCGCGUGCUGCGCGUGUUGGGCUCGGCGGGCCCCGCGCCGGCGGGCGGGGCGUCCGCAGGGCGGCAGCAGGGGCCGAGCGGCGGCGGCGUGGGUCGGAGCUGUGCGGGUGCGGGUGCGGGGGACGGGUCUGGCGCCGACGCCGCGUGCUGGGAGCCUGGGGGCAUUUGGGGCCUGGGGCUGGAGCGCACACUGCAGGAGUUGGAGCAGCAUUGUGGCGUGCGGUUCGCCGAGCGGCGUAUUAUGUAA